AUGCGAGCUUUAAUUGACAACGAUAACGUCGAUCUGGAUAUAUUGAAACCGGGAAGCCCCUGGCCCAGCGUGGACGAAUUGAUCGGCAAGCCCUCUCUAGGAGAACAAAUUGCUUUGGAAUGCACCCAGAACGAGAGUUCAACUGUUGAGGAUGCUAGACUUGAGGCAGAGCUCAGCUGCCCAGCAGAUCUGGGUUUCGAUGCCAUGUUAGGCUGGCAGAGCAACCAACAUGGCGCGACGCCUUACAUUACCGAUGCCAUCCCGACCGAGCAAUAUCGAGUGCCAAGCGCAACAUUACCUGAAGAGAAAAAUAUUGAUCCCCACCUACAUUCUGCUCGUCACUUGGCCUAUGCGUCGCCAACAUCAAGAGGAUUGCAAUCCCCCAAGGCGACUCUAGACUUAUGGGAACUGUUUUCGGGGGCCGGGAAUGAAUCUCAAGGCCGUAGCUUGCCUGGCCCUGAGGCCCAAGAUCAGAAAGCGACCUCAGAUGGCAAUGUGUUCCACCCAAAAACCCCGGGAUCUUGGAAGAAUCAACGUUCCUCAAAUCGUCGAUCACCAACUACUAGCCAUCACCCGCCAAAACGCCAGCGGUCUCACUACGUUAUUGAAAAGAAGUAUCGAGCUGGCCUCCAGGAGCGUUUCGAGGCCCUCCGCAGCUGCGUAACGGCUUGGAAUGAGUUCCAGCGCCCAGAAUCCGCUUCAGGCGAGGCGGGAACAACUGGUGAUGAGUUAAGUGGGGGUAGCAAGGGGAACAAUAAUGGUGGGCGAAUGAACAAGGCAGAGGUUCUCAGCAAUGCGGUCAUCUACAUCCAGGAGCUUCAGGAGGAGAAUGAAGUUGUGAUCGAUCAUUUGAAGCUGCUGAUCCGGCGGUUACGGGGGGCGAAACAAGCCCUGCAAACGGAUGAUCUACUUGGUACCUCGGGGUUGUAA